AUGGGCGACCUAGCACACCGACGCAUGGCGGCGCAUCGCCGCUCACUGCUGGAGAAUUUGCAGCGGAUCUUCUUCACCAACCAGUCUGCUGAAAAGCAGGAACAGUGCGUCCGACAGCUCUAUGACACGAAUCUACACACUUUGGAGGAAUGCCUGCUGCAAGUCACGCAUGUCUGCAUCACGCACCAGGACCCCAACGCGCAGGAGCUGCUGCACAACUUUAUGCUCUGGCUUGCCGGCCGGUCGCUAUACAUCGCGCUUCGCCUUGCGUGGAUUGUGGAUUCAGUGUCAACCUUUGAUUUCUCUACUGGGCUUGCCGGUCGGCUCAAACACUUUCACGACAAACUUGAGAGCUACGCCAUCAAUCAAGGACAGGCAGGCACUCACUCCGUCAGCACCAGCGGCGGUGACGGCAGCUGGACCUCCAGCGACCCCGAGGAGGGGUUCAGCGACGUAGAUGCCAGUGUCGUGCGACGGAAGGAAGUGCGCCUAAAGCUGUACAACGACGAACGUACGUUCGUGACUACGUUGACUAACCUGAGCAACAUGCUCCGCUUUUUUCCCGAUCGAACCGGCCGCAAGGACGAGCUGCGCAGGGGUCUGCGAGUGCUGAAUCAACGACUACAGUCCAUGUGGCUCGUUCACCCACUCUGUACCAGCAGUGAAUCUGUACAGUGGAUUGUGAACAUCUCUGUCGAAGAGUGCACCGUCUUCUCGUCGCGCGAGCGGGUGCCAUGCCUCAUUCGCUACGAGGUCAUCGUAGACGAGACAGCGACUAUGCGAGACCCAACGGCGACGCGGCUCCGACUGCCUGACGGGCGCUUUCGUGUUCGGGCGGACUCCGAUGAGCUCUUUGUUCCAGCACCGCCGCCGAGGUCUGAGUCGCCGGCCGCGUCGCUGGUCGAAGAGUCUGAGGGCGGCGCUGUGGAGGACGCCUCGCCAGAGGCGCUGCAGUGUCUGCGGGCUGUGUUCGGCGAGCUCAAAGUGGCGCGCAUGGCGCGAGUGCGCAAGUCGUCUCCUUGGGGUGCGCACCCCAACUGGUGCAUGAACGCGAUGAUUAUCAAGGCCGGAGAAGAUCUCCGGCAGGAGGAGCUGGCACUGCAGCUCAUCUACGCUUUCCAAAAUAUCUGGCAGGAGGCGGGUCUGACGGUGCGUGUGAAGCCGUAUGCAGUGCUACCUACACACCGUGACUGUGGCCUGAUUGAGGUGAUCGAGGACUCUUCGUCUAUGGAUGGUAUCAAGAAGGCGACCCAGGUCAGCAGCAUAUACAGCUACUACCUCAAGGCCUACGAUGGCGAGGACUCCGUCCUCUAUCGCAAAGCGCAACAGAACUUUGUGGAGAGCAUGGCUGGCUACAGCAUCAUCUCAUACAUCCUCCAAAUUAAGGACCGUCACAACGGCAAUCUUAUGAUUCAACGUGAUGGCAGCUUGGUUCACAUCGACUUUGGCUUUCUGUUCGUGACAUCACCAGGGGGCCUGAACUUUGAAUCUGCGCCGUUUAAACUGUCGCAGGAGCUCAUCGACGUCAUGGGUGGCGUCUCGAGCGACCUCUUUAACUACUAUCGAAUCCUUCUCUACGAGGCGCUCGCGGCGGCACGCGAGCGCUGCGAGGACCUGCUUGCGUUGGUCUCUAUCUUGACGCCGAGGAACGCGAUGCCGUGCUUUGGGGCAGACCCGGGCGCCGUCGUUCGUCAGCUGCGCGGACGCUUUCGUGAGGACCUGCGCUCCGAGGCGGACUACGCCGUGUACGCAAAGGAGCUCAUCCUGAGCAGCGCGGACAACUGGCGCACUCGACGCUACGACCAGUUUCAGAGCCUCCAAAAUGGGAUUCUUUAG